AUGGGCGGGGCAAGCAACCCUGCUGUCGAUGAGCAUCAGUCUCUGAAUAGGGCUGACGAAGUCGAGGAUGCAAGUGGCUCCCUUCCCUCUAACUAUUCUUCCGUUCCCCACAAUAUCCAUGUCCUCCUGGAUGCAGUCAAGGCUCUUAUUAUACCCUUUAUCCGCAGUGCGGAUGAGGCGGCCCCUCUGAAGGCAUCGGGUAACUCGACGGUCACUGCUUCUACUGGUGAGAAGUGGAAUGCUCUCGUCGACGAGCAUGAGCCCGAGGCCCUACUACAGAAGUUCAAGCUUGAGCUUCCGGACAAGGCGCAAGGCAAGGAUGGGGUCCUGGGAUUGGUCCAACAGGUGCUAAAGUACAGCGUCAACACGUGGGACCAAGGGUUCAUGGACAAGCUCUAUGCAAGCAACACUGCCGUCGGUGUUGUUGCAGACUUGUUACUCUCUGUCCUAAACACAAAUCUUCAUGUGUACCAGGUAUCACCAGCCUUGACUCUAAUAGAGAAGCUCACGGCUCGGCAAUUCGCAAGACUAUUUGGAUUUACCGGCCCUAGGGCAGGCGGAGUCGUCUGCCAGGGUGGAAGCUCAUCCAAUUUCACUUCUCUUGUCAUCGCCAAGAACACUCUCUACCCGGAGACUAAGUUGACUGGCAACGCGGGUUACGACUUUGCCAUCUUCACCAGUGUCCACGGCCACUACUCUGUCGAGAAGGGUGCGAUAUCAUGCGGUUUGGGCAAGUCGAGCGUCCGAACCAUCCCCGUUGAUGAGUUCGGCUCCAUGAUACCCUCAGCGCUCCGAGACGCUGUCGUCCAGGCCAAGUCGGAAGGAAAGACACCGUUCUACGUCAACGCUACCGCUGGCACAACGGUAUUGGGAUCGUACGACCCACUGGAGGAAAUCUCGGCCAUCUGCAAGGAAUUCAACCUCUGGAUGCACGUAGACGGUAGCUGGGGUGGCCCGGCGAUCCUGUCACGCAAGCACAGCCUUAAGAUGAAGGGAUCGCACCUCGCAGACUCUUUGACGGUCAACCCGCACAAGAUGCUCAACGCCCCGGUAACCUGCUCCUUCCUCCUCACCCCCGACAUCAAGGUCUUCCAUAGGGCCAACAGCCUCCCAGCUGGUUACCUCUUCCACUCCGUAGACGAAGGCGAGGUGUGGGACCUCGCAGACCUCACGCUACAAUGCGGUCGUCGCGGCGAUGCUGUCAAGCUCGCGCUGGCGUGGACGUACUACGGAGCGCAGGGCUUCGAGCAGCAAAUCGACCACGCCUUUAACAUGGCGGCGUAUCUGGCGACGCUCAUCGACAGGAGCGCCGAUGUCGUGCUCGUGUCGACGAACCCGCCGCCGUGCCUGCAGGUGUGCUUCUACUACGCGCCGGGCGGGAAGGUCUCGGACGACGUGGCGCUCAACACGAGGACGACGAGCGAGGUGGCGAGGAGGUUGGUUUCGAGGGGGUUCAUGAUCGAUUAUGCGCCGGGCGACAAGGGAAGUUUCUUUAGGGUGGUUGUGAACUGUCAGACAUUGAGCGGGACUGUGGAGGGGUUGGUGAAGGCGGUUGAGGAAGUUGGGAAGGAGGUCUGGAACGAGAACAAGGCAUAA